AUGACGCGCGUCAUUGUCUCCGGGGGUGUCGCGUCGAUAGUCAUGGGAAUGAGUGGUGCGUCUCUGGGAGCCUUGAUCUUCGAUACUGCCACGAUCCCAUUCAUCGUGUCGGCAAGUGCGGGGUUCGUUCUAGGCGUAUGGGGUUUCUACCGUGACGCCGUGCGCAAGUCUCUUCGAGCGGUGGAGAGGUUCCCACAGCUGCUGCAAUUGCACCUGGAUGGAAAUUUCCCACAUCGUGGAUUUGAUACUUGGGAGACGGGCAGAUUCAGAUCUGCUACCUUCAGCAAGAGUUGGAUCUUGCAAAGCAUGUUGAUUGCAAGCUGGAUGACGGCAAACCGGGCAAUCGAGGUGCGUAUGCCCGCGCAGUAUUGCCCCGUCCCUGCUGAGCCCAGCGACCGCUUCCCGGUCGGUAUCAUGGUGGCGUCGCUAACUAGGGCUUUUCUGGAACAGCGAAUCUACGAGGCCGAGGAAGAACGCAUUCUCCUUCCCUUCACAGCGGGCGCGGAAACUCUGGAGGCGCCACUGGAAAAGACCUGA